UCUCUGAGUGAUGACCAGACAGCAAAGGCAAAUUAUUUUAAUGUGUAAUACUGUUUCAUUUUAAAGAGGUACUAUGUUCUAAAACCUCUUUGCCUUCAACUAAAAACACUUAAUUGUUAUUUGAUUUAGACUUUUGCUGUGGAAGACAUUGAUCGACAAGAUAUGGAAUAUAAUUACUUUAAUCAGCAUCCAUUAUUUUGAUGUGCUUAUGUUUAAUGUCAUGACUACUGUGAUUGAUAACCAACCGUACAACUGCAUCAGAACACACAUCCAUGGAAAUUUAUUAUUUGCCCUCUUCGCAUUUAGUAUGGUGACCAGAAGCCCCUUUGGCUGGUGAGUAUCAGUCCAAUUUGUAUUGCUUAGCCUAAAUGAUAAGUCACCCUUCUCCAUGCACUGCUGCUGCUCCUACAGAAUUCUGUGUUUGUAUCUGUCUCCGCGUAGUUUUCCACAGACGAGGAUGAGGACUUGCUGAACUUGACCUAUGAGUAUGAGAAGCAGUGUAAGGUGGCAGCAGGCCGGGUGAAGAAGCGAGUCAUAACCACAGUGAUAAAUAGUGAGGGGAGGCUUGUCCUGGCACACCGGUUCUUCAAGCCACUUCCUCCACCACAGGAAGUUGUACUGGACACCCCCGACAAUAGCAUGUCUGUUCUAGAGAGGGUGGCAGCCUUCGUGUCCCUGAUUCCCACCUUGUCCUUCCCAUCUGACGUUGGUGACAGUGGGGAGAUGUGGCUCACCUCAGAGCAAUGCUUGGAGCUGGCUAUGGGAAACGAUGUCAGUUUGGCAGUUGUGCUGUGCAACUUCUUUCAUGACCUGACGGUAAAUGUGUGGCUUCUCCUGGGAACAUCGGUCAUAGAGGGAGAGACCGCCUAUGUCCUUACUCAGGAGAACACUUGGUUUGUGUUGUGGAACCCCAGAGAUGGGAAGCACUACCAGUCAUACGACUCCUUCUGUCCUCUAAAGACUGUCGACUGUCUGAUCAAUGGUGAAAAUGUAAGAGUGGAGUCCAUGGACAUCCUCAGUGUGUUUCAUUUAUGUCAUCCACUCAGGAUGUUGUUGGAUGUCUCUCAGGUGUGGUUCCAUCUCCAGCCAACAAGAAAGAUGCCCAUCACUUUCGACGUAUCAAAUAACGCCACAUGGAAACCCUUAUUCCCCAAAGGAUUCAACUCGGACUCAUCCUCAAUGCCAACAGAAAUUAAAUACCGUCCCACUCAAAUAGAUCUGGUCAAUCACCUUCAAAGAAGGAUGGAGAUGAAACUGAAAAGUUGUGUGAUGGACUGGAGAAGCCCCCACCCUACACGUUGGAGCCCCCGCUGUGCAGCCAUGCUCUCGGAGGUCAUGCAGAAGCUUGAGAGGAACCCAGCCUCUGACACAAUAGCGCUAGAGAUAGACAGGCUGCUGGACACCAUGAAUGAUUACAAGGUGACUGGCUUCCCCAUUCAUAUGGCCUACCAAGACAUGAGCACAGUGAUCGAGGCGGUCUACAACACCAGAAUCCACAGCACUGAGAUCCCUGGGACAGAGUUUGCUCUCUCCACCUACAUCCACCCAUACCCCAACCACAUCCUGUCGGUGUGGAUAUUCCUGGCAACGCUGGUCAAACACCAGCAUGGCGUGUUCUAUGUUCCUUCAGUACACUGAUACACCCUGGUUGUGUUCAUUAGGCACCAAAUGGAAGGAAACUGACAAACGGGGAGGGACUACCUGGAACCCUUUUUAUAUUUGAGGUUUUUUUGCAAAAUCUCGGCCUUUCAGGGUCAGCUUUUCCUAGACGUUUUUCUACUGUGGGAAAGGAAUGCAGAGUGAUUCAGACCAAUUGAUUGAAUCCACAAACUUGUACAUAGUAAAUUAAUGGAAAUACUCUACAAUAAAAAUUGUUCAUAAAUAUGCCAGCAACAAGAACCUAUAUUUGUUAAACCCUUGAUUAGCACAUAUCCGGUAUGUUUUCAAGUUCACAAUAUGGUUUGUGAAAUGUUUUAGGCAAUAUUUGUUGAUGUAUGCAUAAAGCCUUAUAGGCCAAUUGAUAGACAUACUACUGGCAUUAGCAGUAUGCCAAUAAUAUGAUGCAUUAUUCAAAAUAAACCAGAAG